UCUUUUGGAUCUCUGUAUCUAUUUUUAUGACUGCUUCCUUUUCCCACACCCCUGUUAAGAAAAUGCUUCGUUUAUAUUAAAUCUUCUGUAUGACUUUUUUUUCUCUCUUUAAUAUCUGUGUGUUGUAUCUGCAGCUAGCCGCUCUCCAAAGCCUCUGCUUCUCCCAUCCACAGGCAGCUGUAUGGUUGUGGCAGAGAGGCCUAGUCAUACACAGCAAGGCCCUGCAGGAUCCCCAGCCUGGAGUAGGAACUGAGGAGAGAAAGGCACAAGGCAUGGCACAAGCACUGACACAGGAAGAGGAGCAGGCUACUCAACGGUUCCUGCAGGAGAUGAAUUCCUGGACUUCCUUCCACUCCGUACCUCCUCUCUCCUGGGAUGUUGCUGUGAAAUUUCUCAUGGCAAGAAAAUUCGAUGUUGUGAGAGCCAUAGAACUGUUCCACUCAUACAGAGAGACGCGCCAGAGAGAAGGGAUCGUGCGGUUGAAUCCUCUACAGGAACCUUUGCUGUCUGAACUGCUGAGUGGAAAGUUCACUGUGCUGAGCGUACGGGCUCCGACUGGAGCUUCCAUUGCCAUCUUUACUGCCAAACUACACCUCCCAGCGAGAAAGAACAGCAAAGAGGCUCAGCACACAGUGCUUCAGGCCCUCUUCUACCUCUUGGAUCGUGCUGUGGAAAGUGUCGACACACAGAGAAAUGGCCUGGUGUUUAUCUAUGAUAUGGGGGGCAGUCAGUACAACAACUUUGAGCUGGAAUUAAGCAAGAAGAUCUUGAGCCUUCUGAGGGGAGCAUUUCCAGCUCGUCUAAAGAAAGUCUUCAUCGUUUCUCCUCCUGUCUGGUUCAGAGUGCCAUAUUCAAUCAUCAGCUUGCUGCUUAAGGAAAAGUUAAGAGAGAGGGUACACAUGGUGAGCAUGACUGAACUUCUCCAGCACUUACCUCCGCAGUGUCUCCCAGAGUCUCUAGGUGGACUGCUUCCCUGGGAUCCUGGCUCCUGGAAUUGCCUUCUGCUGCCUGGCCGCACAGGAAGACCAGAUCCCCUUGAUGAGGUGGUUCUGGUACUCGGAGAUGGACAGAGAGGAAGUGUCCAUAAACCGGUACCUGGAAGCAUGACCUUGGCUCAGCUGAAGGAACACGUUACUACUUUGGGGAGACGUGGAGUGUAUGAAGAAUAUGAAGAAAUAAGGAAUGAGCAACCAGAGGGAACUUUCACAGUGUCGUUGUCACCUGUAAAUCGAGAUCGGAAUCGCUAUGGAGAUGUGCCAUGCCUGGACCAAACACGGGUCAAAUUAAAACGAGCAAACUGGCAUGAUCGGUCAGACUAUAUAAAUGCAAGCUUUAUGGAUGGUUAUCUACAGAAGAAUACGUACAUUGGGACCCAAGGACCUAUGGAAAACACAUUCCAGGAUUUCUGGCAAAUGGUUUGGGAACAGAAUGUGUUGGUUAUAGUUAUGACAACUCGAGUUGAAGAAGGUGGCCAUAGAAAGUGCGGUCAGUACUGGCCUCUUUCACCUGGAUCUGAAGCCUCAUUCGGUGCUGUGAUUGUCUCAAACACAGCUACAGACAACCACCAGCACUACAGAAAGACCACUCUAGAGCUCAGAAUCCGCCAGGGUCGGGAGAGACGGCAAAUUAGCCAUAUGCAGUUCCUAAGCUGGCCAGAUUUUGGGGUACCUAGUUCUGCCGCUGCUCUUAUCAAUUUUCGGGAUGCUGUAAAGAAAGAGCAGAGAGGAUUUGUGAAUGAAAUUGGAAACCAGUGGAGAGGGCCUUCAGGGGGUCCUCCCAUUGUAGUACACUGCAGUGCAGGCAUUGGAAGAACAGGUACUUUCUGCACACUGGAUAUCUGUUUAUCCCAAAUAGAGGAUGUGGGCUCCCUAAACAUCCAGCAGACAGUGCGGCGAAUGCGGAAACAACGAGCACUAAGCAUACAGACUCCGGAGCAGUAUUACUUCUGUCAUAUGGCUAUCCUUGAACACUUUGCUAGCUGACAUUGGACUGUGCCACUCUCCUCAUCAAGGGAAAAGGGCCCACGUUGAGGGCUGCUGAAGCCUUCAUUCUCUUUGGGUACCACCAAGACAGUAAGGCAUCCAGUCAGUUGCUUUUAUGCAAAGCAAUAAUAUUAAGAUACUUGUAAUCAGAAAUUACUCAGCAUUAUAUUCCAGCGCACAUUCCCUUCUUCCAGACCACUAUUCAAUUUUUCCACAUUAUAAAACAAGUAUGGCAUACACAGCAGUUAACCAAUAAAUAUAUGUCUUUUAUACAACCAUAAAAUUGGGUACAUACACAACUAU